AUGAAUCGAUGCUACCACUGCCCAUCUGUUCGCUGUUCAAUUACAGUUAUUAUCUGCAUUAUUACUGCCAAAGCAUGGCCUGUAUUCGCUGUUGUUACUGCACAAAAUGCGGAACAUCCUCACGCAAAUUUGCUGUCGAAAGAUCACGAAGAUCAUCAGCUGACACGGGUUCAACGUGAUUCAAGCCAAAUCCGAAUUUCCAGUUCUCAAUGCCCAAGCUUCUGUGAAUGUGAACAUGCAAUGCCCAGUGAUGGUGGCGAUGGUGCACCAAAAAUAGCAGUUUUUUGUCAUGAAGGGGGCCUGGAGCAAGCCACGUUUUCGAGGCUUCUCAAGCAGGUACCACGAGACGUGACAAUUCUGGAUGUGGAAGCACCACCUGAUGCUCCAAAUCACUUGCUCUGGGAUGAUAAUCUCAAUCAGUUGCGAUAUUUACGCACUCUGCGACUGGUUAAUUGCAACAUCCCAGCUAUCAGUAGGGCGCUGAAGCUUCGUACUCUGGAAGCACUCGACCUCCGUGGCAACCGCAUUGAGCACAUAUCAAUUUCGGUAUUUGCCGGUGUUCCAUCUAUUCGUGAGCUGAACUUAGCGCAGAAUUUGCUGAGUGUCCUACCGACAGGCGCUUUUACAUACCUCAAAAAUUUGCAUAUUCUCUCGCUAGCCCAUAACAAUAUCACAGAGGUUUCGUCAAAUUUGUUACGAGAUUUGAGAAACUUGCAAGCCCUACAUUUGGAUGGAAAUCGGAUACCGGUGACGCAGCUCAACCUGCUUUUUUCGGAUGUGCCGCAGCUGGAGCGGUUGGAGUUGAACGAAUGCGGCUUGAGUACCGGCGCAAUCAACGACCUGGCUCUGGGUAAAUUUCACUCCCUGGAACGUCUUGGCCUAGCCGGCAAUAUGCUUGGCAAAGUACCGGCUGCAGCGUUACGUAAUGGACUGCAUUCGCUGCGCACUCUUGACCUAGCCGAUAAUGGGCUCGUUGAUAUUGCGCCUGGAGUGUUCGCCAGAACAAAUAUUAGCUCCCUUUUAUUGGCCGGUAAUCGACUGGGCGCUAGCCUGGAUGCUCUUCGGCCAAGCUCACUGCAAACCGCUGGCACACUGCUGGAACUGGAUUUGUCGCGCAAUAAUUUCGCGCAUUUUCAAUCCGGAAUUCUCGGUGAAAUCCAAGGGACCAUUGAAAUUUUGCAUCUGAGUGGAAAUCACAUCACCGAAAUUGAUCAGCGAUUAACAGCUAAUAUGACAAAAUUGCACUCUCUGCAUCUGGGUUAUAAUUUUAUCGAAUAUUUGCCGCACAAAAUGCCGCCACGUGAAUUCGCACAACUGCGAUUUCUGAACCUAUCCGGAAAUCAGCUUAUUUCACUGCCAGAUCAUUCAAGAGAAUUAUUGCCCGAGCUCCAAAAACUGGACAUUUCCGAGAAUCGAUUUAUCUCAUUUCCGGUUACUGUAAUCCAGAAUUUCCUCAACACCCUUGAAAAGGUUACUAUUACUUGA